GUGGAAGAAUCUAAUCUCAUCGGAGACGCUCCCAAAAAAUCGCAUCAUGUGAUUCAGGCUUAAUAUUGGUUCUUCAAAGCGUGAUAUUAUUGUCAUAGUGGACGAAAAUAGGGGAGAUUUUUUCUUCAAACUUUAAAAGCAAAACGCAGCUCUAACCAAACGAAUUGUUAUCGAAUCACUCUCGAUUUUAACACCGAUGUAAACUCUACCAACUCAUACGAGACGUGUAGUAUUAUAUAAAAUUAUUUUUGUAUUUUACAUUCAAAAUGUAUCGCAAUGAUAACAGAUAAUAUUUGAAAAUUAUAAUCGAUCGCUCAAAUCUUGAAUAGACAAAAAUGGCGAUGGAAAUGUGGAAGUAUAUUUUAGCACUUGUCAUCGUAAAUUCAGUGGCCACUGAAAGAAUAAAGGAUAUGAUUUACAUGCCUUUAGAGGGUGUAGCUGCUUGUUUCCGAAAGCAUAAUGGCACACAUCAAUUUGGAUGCUCUUCUAGUAGAUUAGGAAGUGUAGGUGUCGUGCAUCUGAUCGAGGUAGAUAAUGAUAUUACUUGGAUAGAAAAAAAUGCCACUGCUGGUCCGUAUACUGUAGUCCUUCCAUUUGAGAUGUUUACUAGAAAAACACUUGUAAAACUUCGAAAUACGAAUAAUAUAAAUGGAGUGCUAUUAACGAGAAAUACUAGUCAUGAACGUCCGACAAUGUAUUCACCUGAAGACCAGUGUCCAAAUCGAUAUUCCGGUUAUAAAAAAUGUAACGACAUGAAACCAUGGAAUCCUUUUGGAUCUGCAUUACUCAUGGAAGACUGGCCAUUUCCCAUGUUUUAUACAGAGAAUCAAACUGCUUUGGAGGCCAUAAGAUCUUGUUUUGAGACACAUAAUGCUCACAAUCUCGAGACGCAGUAUCAGAGAUCUCUUUGCGCGAUAGAAAUGAAAUCAUUCAUGUAUGCUGCCGUUAACUCGGAAUCGUGUAUAAAACGUACCGGUUUCAAGUUCAAUUUUAAUCCGAUGCAAUUUUGUGAUCCACUUGGAGACAGAAACAUCCAUUGGCCUUUAGCGUCUCUCGAUGAGAAUAAUAAUACAGUAAUAAUGGUAACAGCACGAUUGGACGCAUCGUCAUUAUUCGAUGGUAUAUCACCAGGUGCGCGCAACGUAGUGACAGGACUUGUGACAUUACUCGCUACUGCAUACUACUUGAACCACUUAAACGCCACUGUCGAUAAGACAAACGUUAUAUUCUCAUUGCUGAAUGGAGAGGCAUUCGAUUAUAUAGGAUCUAGUCGUAUGGUGUACGAUUUGAAACAAAAUAAUUUUAAUGCUCUCGGUGGAAUUAAUUUAAACAUUGACGACAUCAAGAGCGUGAUUGAAUUUGGUCAGUUAGAUGGAGAUGAAAUAUUUCUUCACAGCAAUGGCGAAGAUGGCGAUAUGAUAAAUCAUUUGCAGAAUGCGUUGAAUGUAUCGAACAGUAGUAUUCUAACCGGUAGUGUGCCACCUACAUCAGUGCAAAGUUUCCUGGAAGCAAAACCGAAUCUAACAGCUGUUGUGAUAAGCAGUCAUGGAGUACAAUUUAAGAAUAAAUACUAUAAUGGUAUCUUAGACGAUGCGGAAGGUCUUGGUUUUAAUAUAAACGAUACUAGAGGCGCGCUUGCAACAAAUUUAGCGAAAAUUGCUCUUCAGAUCGCUAAUGAACUUUAUCGGAUGGUGACAGGUAAGCAGGAACCGCAGCAACCUGUUGAUCUACCAAUGUCUCUGGAAAAUCUUACUGCGGAAAUGCUAGAUUGUUAUUUGGAGAGCGCAAAAUGUAAUCUCUUUCGUGCAUCUUCGGCGCCCAAUGCUAAAUUGAUUAAUCAGGUCCUACCGUUAUACGUUGGUGUGCACAGGGCACCCAAUCUUGCGACAAGUUUAACAGGCCAGCUUUUAGCUCUCCUAACUGGUGAGAAACUCUUCGAGAUGAAUGAAACAACCUGCCACGAGAAUCGUCUCGCUUGGAUGAGCGGAACCAAUUUUGAAGGCUUGUGUAUAAACUCGACCGUGAAUUAUAGCUCAGCUAUAAGUCCUGCGUUUAUCAUCGAUGGAUAUGACAUGAAGUCCGGGGUCUAUUCGACUUGGACAGAAUCUGUAUGGCAAACAUUGAGCGUAAGAAUGUUUCUUAAACCAUCAGCAGCGACAGAACGCUUCAGUAUGAUCCUGGGUAGCAUAAUCGCCGGUACUUCAUUUGUGUUAGUGUGGUUUAUCAAUAAUCGAGCUGAUAUUUUAUUUAAUUCAAGGAGAACAGUUGAUUGCUAGGGAUACGCUGCGGACCACAUAUCAAUGAUCAGGUUAGAUAAUUAUCGCCAAGAUCAAAAUGUUCCAAUAACUAGCCUCUAACCGUAUGUGUGGUACGCCCUCGGACGAUUUUUUCUAAUUCCAAUAUUUGCACAUAUGUUACAUUAUCAUCUCAUAAUUAUUUUUAUUAUUUAUCAUCACCGUUUCAUAUAUGCAUCAAUUGCAUGAAAGAAAGAUUAUCAAUUGAUGCAUCCUUAAUAUUUCUGAAAUAUGUAAAUCACUAAACAAAUCUUUCCUCCUAUCUGCAAUUCUCUUUUUUUCUGUAUGAUGUGAUGAAAUUAAAUGUGUUUGAAUUGUUUAUAAAAUUAUGUACAAAAAAAAAAAAAAAACGAUCAAAAUGGAAAGCUCGAUAAAUUCGGCAGCUUUGUAUUUUGUAUGUAUAUUAAAUCACUGCACUUAUUACUUUAAAAACUCCUGUUUCCUCACAGCAUCAAAAUAUAAUAAAAAGCGAAAAAUUAUAUGAAA